AUGACAAAUUCGAUUGACUCUUUAACAAUUAAACAAGGAAGGUUAAUAGAAACCAUCCAUGAGACUGCCAAUUGGGGAGCUAAAGGUGUUUGGGGACUUGAAUCAACCCAAACAGGUGUUUGUCGAUUAGCUUUAUCUGAUUUAGAUAAAAAAGUUAGAGAUUGGUUUGUUCAAGAAACUGAAAAAUUGGGAUGUCAAGUGAAAAUCGAUGAAAUGGGGAAUAUUUUUGCCAUUUAUCCAGGUAAAAACCAAGGUCCGCCAAUUGGAAUUGGUUCACAUUUAGAUACUCAACCUAAUGGUGGUAGGUAUGAUGGGAUUUUGGGUGUUUUGCUGGGGUUAGAAGUAUUGAGAACUUUAAAAGAUAAUAAUUAUACCCCCAACUAUCCUAUUGCCGUAAUUGAUUGGACUAAUGAAGAAGGUGCAAGAUUCCCAACAAGUAUGAUAUCUUCAGGGGUUUGGGCUGGGAAAAUCCCGUUGGAAACUGCAUGGUCGCUCAAAUCAUUAGAUGUCAACCCAGUGUCAAUGAAACACGAAUUAGAAAGAAUUGGUUACAAUGGGGAUGUUAAAGCAUCGUAUUUGGAAAAUCCAUUGGCUUGUCAUUUUGAACUUCAUAUUGAACAAGGGCCAGUGUUGGAAAAUGAAAAGAAAAAAAUUGGUGUAGUGACUGGUGUUCAAGCAUUUGAAUGGAAUUUGGUAACUGUAACUGGUAAAUCUUCUCAUGCCGGUACUACUCCUAUGAAUACUAGAUCAGAUGCUAUAAUGAUGGCAUCCAAAAUCAUAUUAAUGGCCAUAGAAGUUGCUUCUCGAGAAGGUGGGUUGGCUACAGUGGGGACAUUGGAUUUGGAACCUAGAUCAGUUAAUGUAAUUCCUAAUAUUGUUAAAUUUUCUUUAGAUGUUAGACAUGUUAAAGAUGAUAAAUUGGAGAAAAUAAUGAAUGAAAUCAAAACUAAAGCAGCUGAAAUUGCUCAAACCAAUAUAAAUUCUUCUUUUGCUAAACCAUUAACUGUUGAAUUUCAAAACUUGAUCACUUCACCAGCAAUCAACUUUAAUCAAACAAAUAUCGAUACGGUUCGGAAAUCUGCUUUGCAACUUUUCAAAGAAAAUGAAAUUAGAGAUAUUGUUAGUGGUGCAGGACAUGAUUCUUGUUUCACUAGUUCUAGAGUUCCUACAUCAAUGAUCUUCAUUCCUUCUAAAGAUGGGGUUUCUCAUACUCCCGAGGAAUAUUCUUCACCGGAAGAAGUUGAAAAUGGAUUUCAAGUAUUACUAAGAUCAGUUUUAUUGUAUGAUGAAAUGAGAGGAAAAUAA